GAUUUUCUCACAACCUUCAUUUCAGCCAAUGAAAAUUGUUGACACAAUUUAGUAUUAAAUGAAUACACAAAGAUGGCUGAAAACAACAAGGGAGGGAUUUUAAAUAGAGCUGAAAAACUUCUACGCCGGAAAAAAACACUGAUAUACCAGAGUCUUGGUAAACAGGGAAAAACUACAGAUGAGAUUCUAGGAGAAGAUUGCCAAAGACUUGAUAAACAACAGGAAAUAGCAAGCAAAUUUCAAAAAGAUCUGAGACAUUAUGUACAUAGUGCAAGAGCAUUAUCAGUAGCAUCGAAGACUUUCUACUCAACAGUUGCCGAGGCUUAUGAACCAGAAUGGGAAAAUCAUGCUCAAAUUACAGAAAUACUCACAAACAUGGACAUGUUAUGGCAGGAUUACCUACAGAAAUUACAGGAACAAGUGCAAGAACCUUUAACAAAAUACCUUGCUACUAUACCACAAAUAAGGGCUAGGGUAGCUAAACGUGGCAGAAAGUUGAUAGACUUUGAUAAUGCUAAACAUGGUUUGGAUGUGCAACAGAAUGCAAAGAAAAAAGAUGAUGCAAAAAUCGCAAAGGCACAAGAGGACCUUGAUCAAGCCCAGAAAAUCUACGAAGAUCUGAACGACGAACUUCACAAAGAGCUUCCCGAGUUCUACAACAGUCGUGUUAGUUUCUAUGGUAACCUGUUCCAGAGUUUAUUCACAGCAGAAAAUGUGUUCCAAACUGAGGCAGGCAAGGUGUGGGCAUUAGCCCCAGACUGUCAGUUUGAUACGGGAUGCCAGACCAUUAAUGCAUCUGCGGCAAAGUUGGCGAGUGAUCACGAACACUACACGUACACACCACGAAAAAACAUCCGCAGUACAGUUAUGAUGGGGGAUGAAAGUAUAACAAAUGGUCAUCAAGAAAAUGGCCCAGAAAGUCCCCAACCAGACAGUCCAAGUUCGAGCAGCUCCCCGAGCUCACCCACCAGCCCAGUGCCAGUCAGCACGCCGGAACCAUUGGCAAAUGGUACUGCCGAUGCUGACACAAGUAAAGAGAGCAUAGAACAAGAUGAUUAUGAAAACACACAGUUCAAUGAUAAGAGCAGUGAAUCUGUUCCUGCUAAGUACACUGAGGAAUCUACUUCAGCCAAUGACACAGAGGUCAAGGUUGAUCCUACAGUAGAGAUUGAAAAACCUGAGGAAACUGUUGUGGAAGAGAAGCCAGUUGUUGAUGAAAAGAAGCCAGAAGAGGAGAAACAGGAAGAGGUCAAAGUGAAUGGUGACCUCGAUACAUCAACUGAACCUGAGGUUCCUGAAGAAGCCCCACCCCCUGUCCCUGCUUCACUUCCUCCAACUGAAGAUGUGACGGGUAAGGAGGACACAGAUGUGGUGGAUGAAAGCAAGGACAAAGAUGUUAAGGAUAAGGAUGUAAAAGAGAAUGAAGUAUCGGAUGAUGAUGAGGAUAGUGGACUGUAUCAGGUCCCGCCCCCAGCCAAGCCUGUAGAUGAUGAUUUACCUCCAAACUACCUGUAUACUGUUGUAGCGACACAUGCGUACACUGGUGAGGACUCGGAUGAGUUAACAUUUGAUGCUCAGGAGAUUAUCUACGUCUGUGACUAUGAAGACCCGGAAGAACAGAAGAAAAUGCUUGAAAAGAAGUCGACAGAGAAAGACCCAGGCUGGCUAAUGGGAGUAAGAAAGAAGAAAGAUCAGAAUGGAGUCCAAAAAGGGGUGUUUCCAGAAAAUUUUACCAAGAGAGUAUAGAAAUCAAUCUCAGUGGAUCUUUAUAGUUCAGAGCGCUUGAAAAGCUCGUGCAUUUGAAAGAUAAUACUCAGUGAGAAUGUGGUUAUAGAUUCUAUUUUAGGGAGGUGAAUGCGAUAGACUAGAUGUAUUUUAGAGUAGAAAUUUCAUAUGCAAAACAUGAAAUUAACAGAACUACAAGGUAUAAAGGAAAUAGAAGAAUCAGCCAGUUUCUGAACAUUCAUUGAUAAGGAACAAAUAUUUAUACAUACUUUUAAUGUAUUUUUUUGUUGUAAAAAAUAUUUUAAGAUGUAUUUUAUGCGUUAUUCUACAUGAUUUUUUUAUAUUCAUACAUUUUUGCUAUUAUAAUUAAACAUGUACAUUCGUUUACAGGUACUAUAUACACAUUUAAGAAAAAGGGGAAUAUACAUCAUGGUGUUAUUUAACUGCUUUGGCUUUGGCUAUUUAAGAUGCUGGAAAAGAAUAAAUUUGGAAGAAAAGUUAGAUUUUAUCCUUACUGAUAGGUAUUUUAUGACAUUAAAAAAUAAUACUGAAGGGCUGUUACCAUAUCCAAAUCAGGUUAAAACUGUCGAACAUUAUUAUUAGUCCCUGCCCCCCACCCACUUUCAUUUUUUAUUCAUCUACUAUUUUGUGUCAAAUUUUAGUUAUAAACCAGGCUUAGAUCCAGAUUGUAUGAGCAGAAAUUAAAGUCAAAUCAGCUGUAAUUUUGGAGUUAUUUAUAUUUGUGACAAAAUCAGCAAAAUUUACCAACACAACACAAGUAAUUGCCAUAUUCGAAUUUUAGUUGUAAAGUUUUAUCAUAUUUUACCAAAUUUAUUUUCAUAAAGAUUAUUUUAUAUUACACAUUCCACUUUGUUUAUAUUCUAUUCUUCCAUAUGUAAAAUUUUCCAGUUUGACUACAUAUCUGGCUGUAUGCCAUGAAAAUAUUGUAACGUUUUAUAGUUUAAAAAAAUAUGCAAAUAAUAUUGAAUGUAUCUGUCAUAUUUUAAAGUGUAUAAAAUGAUUAAUAAACAUUUAAUGGAUUAUGUAUAAAUUUAUGUCAUGAAUAUUCAAAUAUGCGAAUUAUUUUAAUAAUGUUGUACAUAAUCAUUUAUCUAUUUAAAGGACAUGCUACACAGUAUUUUCAUUUACAUAUAUUGUGAAGAAUGCGUUACGAGUUUUGAUAUGCAAGGAAUAUGUGCCAUAUGUUUGUUUCAAGUUACAUGUAUAAUUUCACUACCGGUAAUUACCUUGAGUAUUCUGUUCAAAACUUGCACUGCAGGCAAAUCCCUUUAUAAUGUUUGUACAGACACCACCAUUUUGAAAUGAACUUUGUGCUGAUUUAAAACUUAUUUACCGGUAGUAAGGAAAGUUACAAUUUUUUCAAUAAGUACAACAUUAUUUUAUUUUGCAUUUUCCAAAAAUCAGAAGAAAAAAAACAAAUGAGAAAAAGGUGUACAGAAAUAUUGACCUUUUAGUGCUUUUGAUACUGUUUUUGAUCAUUCUACGCACAAUUAAGUUAUCAAUAGGUCAAUGAUAGAUGAGACAGACUUUAAUUCUUUACAGAGUCUGUAAAGUAAAGGUUUUUUGUAUCGAAGUUUUUCCGCAUCUAGAUGUCUUUUUUUUUGCAACUGUAAAAUAUACUGUAGUAAGGACAGGGCUGUUGUGUGGUGAUGACUGUUUUAUAUAUUGAUAUGUAUGUGAUACUUCCGUUACAUGAAUGUCUUCCAAUAUUUUCACACGCAAAAAUACCUCAUAGUUAUGUUCAGUGCUUGUCAUUGUUAAUGUUUAUUUUCGUUUAAUAUUUUAACCCUUACCCUGCUAAAUUUCUAUAAUGAGCUUGUCCAUCUUUCAAUUUGGGCAGUACCGUUAAAAGGGGGUGCUUACCAAAAAGAUGCUGACUGAAUGGCGAACAGUGUAGAUCUUGAUCAGACUGCAUGGAUGUGCAGGCUGAUCAUGAUCUACACUGGUCGCAAAGGCAGACUGAAUCAUGUCCAGCAUUAUAAGGGUUGAGGUGUAUGAUGUUUAAGUUAUGGACCAAACUUUUUGUAAAUUGUUACCUACCGGGUAUUUUACAGUCUGUGUUUUAUAAGGAUGUAAUAAACUGCCAUUUUUUCCCCAGUCUCUAAUGGUUAUAAUAAAGAUUUUGGAGUUGUUUAAAAAAAAUUAACAUAUAUGAUGGACUAUUUUGUUAAAUAUUAUGUUAGAAAGUAUGAACACAGUUUCACUUAAGAUACUGAGCAGUUUGCCACCUUUACCUGUAGAGGAAACCAGUAGAUUUCAUUGAUUUUUCAGAAUUUGACAAAUUUUCGUACUUUAAAAAUAAGUGGGAAAUGAGAUCAGUGUGGAAUUAACAAAAAUAAUAAAUUUGGUGUUCAUUUUGUUUCAUUAAGAUUAUUACUUUGGUAAAUGUGUACCAGAGUUGCACAUUUCGGUCUUCCACCUCGUCAAAUAAAAUUGUCUUUCAUGAAGAAAAGGAUCUCUGUUUAAUUUCUUGUGCUAGAUUUAGAACAACAUUUGGUACUAAUAAAUUACUUUUUUCUAGUAAACAACAUAGAAUGUAAAUAAUGCUAGAUUUAACAUGUACAUUUAUGUGUGGUCAUAUUGACCUUUAAUAAUAUAGCAAUGAAUGAAUUCGAUUUGUGUGUUCUAUGUAUUAUCUAUGUAUUAUGGCUGAAUUUAGUGUGUAUUGUAAAUUUUAUAUAUUCUGUGAGUUUUAUGUAUUCAGUAUGUAUAAUGGCAGAAUUCAGUAUGAGUGUUGUAUGUACUCAGUAUGUAAAAUGGCUGAAUUCAGUAUUUUGUUGUACUUAGUUUGUAUAAUGUCUGAAUUCAGUAUAUACAUUGUAUGUAUUCAGUAUAUUUAACAGCUGAAUUCAGUAUGUAUGUUGUAUGUGUUCAGUAUGUUUGACUGAAUUCAGUAUGUAUGUAUGUAUUAAGUAUGUGUAAUGGCUGAAUUCAGUAAGUAUAAUGGUUGUAUUCAGUAUGUAUGUUGUUUGAAUUCAGUAUGUAGAAGGCUGAAUUCAGUGCAGACUGAUUGCAUAUUCUCAAAUUUAUAUUGCAUAUUUUCACUUUAAUAUCUUAUGUUUGAAGCCAGUAUGUAAAUACCAACCUGUAUAAAUAUAUAUAACGUACAUGUAAUCUUUCAGAAGUAUGCACGAAGAAGUAUUUUGCAUGGCGUGUUAUCGAGACACCAAAUAUGAGGGAGCAAAAUUUGGCUAUUUGGCUUCUAGAGACCGCUUCCUUGCAAAAUUCUAUCAUUAACCUUAAAGGGUGCAUAACCAUUACUCUUGAAAGUAGUUAGAAAAAAAAAUAGAAAUACAUUUAAACUGCAUUGUAUUUUAAUGUACAAAAUGUUUCUAUACUAUACACAAUAUAAGCAGGGAUGUACAAGCCUUGUAAUGGCAAAGGAAUCUGAGGACUUUGAACUACUGUAAAAGCACAUAUUUUCGCUGGGUCAAAAUUUCGCGAAUUUGAAAUUUUGAGUAUGUUCACAAGGUUUAAUAUUCGAGAAAUUGUCAAUAUGGUAUCCUACUUGAAUUUAAACUAUAUUAAUGGUGAAUAUUUACGCAAGGAUUAAUUUUCACGAUAUGUAGGGCCUUGCGAAUAUAGCGGAAUUUAAACCCUCGCGAAAAUUUCUGCUUUCACAGUGUGCAAGGCUUGCAUGAUAGGCAUACAAGACUGUGACUGUAAAUUCACUUCUAUACACACAGAGUUGAAUAUUCAUUCUAACACGAUCCGCAGCAGUUGCUAUAUAAACAUAUAGAGAAAUCGCCUAUACAUGAAUCUACGAUAAAAUAUAGCUCUUCCAUUCCGCCCUACGAUUGUAACACGACUGAGAUUCUACUCUGCUUCCGUACUCUGCUUCCGUUAUAUACCGACUAAAUACUCGACUUUUUCAGUGUUAUGUAGUAGUAAUAAAAAGUACAUCAUAUUUUCUGAAACAAACAAUAUCUAACUGAUGAAUUUAUUUGUUUAUGUUUCAGCCCGGUAAGUUUCAACUUCAACACCAGUGCAUCUAUGUCUGGUCGUGUGCGUAGUUUACAAUUUCUGCGUUGUAGGCACCACAAAUGUCAACUAGAUUCUACUUUGACAGUAAAUAAAUUAUAAUUAAUUUUCCAAUCUUCCAGACUCAAGUUUUUACGUGUUUAUAUGCCGCCGCAAUGUUCUGGCGUGUAUGUUUCAGUGCCAUCAUGUAGGUGACGUGUACUAUUUUUAGAAACUGCAUAUAUAAACCUUGAAUUAAGUAUUUACCUCUGAUUUCUAUAUCCGACCUUUGAUGUUAUUGAAAAUAACAUUUUCACGGCAAUAACUACUUAAUACUUUAAUUAAAAUUUACUGAAUAUCGGAAAAUUCCGUUUGAUGCAACGCUUUCCAAUCGUGGGGAGGUUUUUAUAAUAGCAUAUGGCCAGCCGAAUGACAAUCGCGCUAAAAUGUAGUGCUGUAAAAUGCGAGAAUUUACGUGGUUAGAAUCGAAAUAAUAAAUAUGUUCCAAUAAUUUUAUCAGUUAAUAAAAUAUGGGCAGUCGUUCGGAUGCGAAUAUUAAAUCACUCGUGCUACGCACUCGUGAUUUAAUUAUUACGCAUCCGAACUCCUGCCCAUAUUUUAUUAACUGAUAAAAUAUAGGCACAUAUUUAUGAUUUCUUAAUUCGAAAGUCUUGUAUAGUAAGAGAACACAUACUUCUGAAGUGAAAUGCUAAGUCAAACUGAGGAAUACCCGGAUGAAGAAAUAGUAAUGUCAAGGAAAUGAUUGAACUUCUGUCUAUACUUCUGGAAGAUUAUGUAGGAACAUUUGUAAGUACCAGUAUGUAUUUUUUUGGAAAGAAAAACAAUGCAUCGAGUUUAUAAUUAUAUCUAUACAAAGACAUUCAUUUUUAUUCAAUUUUAAAAAAACAUACAGGCAAUAAAAUGAAAUUGAAGUCUCUCUAAGCCAUUAAUGUACAACAAUAGUAACAUGACUGGGGACAUUGAAUCAUGUGUCAAUACUUAUUUCUAUAGGAUUGGUCUAUAUUCAAUAUAUUUGCUGGGCAAAAUUCAAAAGUUGAAAAAAAAUCCGAGAAUUUAUUUCAGAUUUUAUGUAAUUAAACACCGUUAGUAUGGCACGUUAGACUGGUGCGGUAGAUACAGUGAACACAAGAUGCACACUUAUAAAGUAAGGAUUUCCUGAAGCUUUGUAACAGGUUAUUAUAAAUGUAUUUUCAGUCCUUUUCAUGUUGCCCUAUUCUGGAUUGCAACUACAAUGUCAUGUACUAUCAAAAUAUUUUGUUUUUCCCAAGCCAAAAUUUGCUUCAUACUAUUUAAAAGAUGUAAUGGUCAUUGAGAUGGCCGAGAUGCAAAGAGGGGUCGUGGGAAAUGACUGUAUUGAGCACCUCAGUUCUGUAGAUUUCCAGGUAGAAACAUCACUUUACUAGUUUAAAAUAUGUAUAUAGAAAUGUUGGGUAUUUAGAUGCCUGUAUGUACUCAGCAGAAAUCAAAGAGCAAUUGUGGGAGGCUGCAAUAAGAAUCAGUUCAAAGGAAAUCAAAUGUUUAAUUCUAUUUCUGUCCUAAGAUAGCUACAGUUUCUAGGAUAUUGACACUAGUAGAUAUUUUGCAGGUGUUCAUUAAAGUAGACAAAUAUUUUACAAGUUUUUAUAGGACUGAAACUUUGGGCAGAGAGGUAACCUUUAUUCUGAUAUGCUUGUUUCUGUUAAAACAUGCCUACGCUUAAAUGACGUCACGUUAACAUGCGUUAAAACACGUUUUUUCUAUACAUUAUUUCUUAGAAAAAGCUGUAUGCUGCUGUCGAGUGGCUUAACAUUAAUCAGUGGAAGAUUCAUCAUUAAGAGGAUAAAUCAGCAGACAAUAAAUAAUUAAGAUUAAUCAAUGGAUGAUAAAUCAUUAAGAAAAUAAAUUGAUGAAAGAUAAACCAUUAAAAGAUAAAUCAGUGAAAAAUAAAUUAUUUGAGCAUUUCUUGUGUAUUUAUUUCAUUUUGGUAAGACUUUGCUCAUUAAAUUUCCACCUUCCUCCUUCCGUUUUAGGGAAAAACUGAUUUUUUAACUUGGCCUAGAUUUUUGAAUUGGCUGAUUUUACUGGACUGUCAUAAAUUUUUAGGAGGGUGAACUACAGUACUGUUGAUCAAAUCACAGGCAAUUGCCAGUAGAACAAAGCUGUAUAUAAACUAUACUAUUAUUAUAUAGAUAAAUGCAAUAUCAUAUUAUUUUACAGAUUGUUGUAAACGUUUAUUUUGCAAAUAUUUUAUGGAUUAUACGUAUAUACAUGAAUAUUGUUUAUAAACAGAUGCUGCCAAUACAUGAUAGACCUGAUACAGUAGAGAUAACACCUUAAGAUACGGUGCAGAUAACACCUAAAGCAUUUUCAGAUCUAUCGUUUGAAAAGAAAAUAAGUUAUUUCAGUAAAUUGUUUCAAAUGAGAUACUGUGAAAUUAUUUAAAUUUGUAAGCGCAACAUUUUGGGGUUCGUUAAAAUGGCAUGUUAAAGAUACAAUAGCCAAGAAUUUAGUUUUUGGAUUAAAUUUCUUGGAUCGAUAUAUCCACAGAAUCCAUCAGAAGUAGUCUCCCGCAAAAAAAUAAUAAUUUCGGGGUAUAUUCAGUCGUGUUUGAUCAAGCUCGGCAUAACUGACGGAAAUUUGAUUUGAAGAGCAGGUAUUGUGAUAUGUAUUUCUGUAUGAAAACAAAAUUAAAUAUCAGUAUACAGCAGUGCAAGGUUAAUUUGGCAAGUAAUUUAACUUUCAUGUAGUAAAAAUUCCAAAACUAGACAUAUUUCACAGUGUAGUAACCAGGUUUGACAGUCACAUUUCAGUUUUCACAGUACUAAAAUUUAUGUUAUGAUUAUGUUAUGACUGAACAAGUCUUGAAUCAGUUGAUAUCAGGUCUAUAAUGUUUGGCCCUAUAGUUUGGAUGAUUAUAUUUCUGUUAUCGAAAUGUGUACGAAAUAAAAGAUGUACAAGUC